AUGCAAUCAGACAUGUUCCUUCACGAGAUCGUUGCUCUUAGCCAGAAGCGAUCGGUGCUGAAGAGCAGUCCGCUGUCUGUUCUUAAUCCUUAUAUGGAUGAACAGGGACUCAUUCGAAUUCGAGGAAGACUCCGUCGAGCUUGCUUACCAGGAGCGAUGAAGAAUCCCGUCGUAUUACGCUCGCAUCCGCUGUUGGUGCUCAUUAUCCAGCAUCAUCAUCUGAGAACGUUGCAUGCCGAACUCGAACUUGCGGAUCAUGAUCCCAUGAGUUCGGAUCCAAUCGAUAUCAUUAUCGGUGCCGAUCUCUUCGGCAAGCUCGUUCUCGACGGUGUGCGAAGGGGUUCCGAACAUGAGCCUACCGCGCAAAAUACCACUCUCGGCUGGAUCCUGUCUGGACCGAUAGCCUCGGUGCCGCAUACUAACUCAGUUUCCGCUCUCGCGCAUCACGGAGUCGUUAUUGAAAAUCUCGAUUGCGAUCUUCGUCGCUUCUGGGGAAUUGAGGAAGUGCCUCAGAAAGCUUCUCGGAGCCCUGAGGAACACCAGUGCGAAGAGCACUUUAAAGCUACUCAUUCUCGUACAUCGGAAGGACGCUAUAUCGUCCGAUUGCCCUUUAAAACCGAGCCACCAAUCUUGAUAGGCGAAUCGCGCUCGAUUGCUGUUUCAAGCUUUCGCCGCUUGGAACAACGCCUAAGUCGAGACCCACUUAACGCUUCCGAGUACCGCGAAUUUCUCGCAGAGUACAAAACCCUCGGUCACAUGAUUAAAUGCCCACCGACAGAAAUUGUCAAACCAGGGCAAACUUGUUAUAUUCCGCAUCACGCUGUCUUACGUGACAGCAGUGCAACAACCCGCUUACGAGUAGUCUUCAACGCGUCAUGUCGCACGUCAAACGAGACGUCGUUGAACGACCAUAUGUUCAUAGGACCUAAGCUUCAAAAGGAUUUAGCCACUGUCUUAAUGCAGUGGCGUCAAUAUCGUUACGUAUUUACCGCUGACAUCGCAAAGAUGUAUCGGCAAAUCCUAGUUGACUCCCGAGAUAUCGACUACCAACGUAUUGUGUGGCAACCAACUCCAGGUGAACCCAUAACGGAUUACCGUCUCCUCACCGUUACCUAUGGUACAGCAGCCGCUCCAUACUUAGCCUUUCGGGUUCUAGCUCAGCUCGUCGAAGAUGACGAGGCCGAAUUUCCGCUCGCGGUUCCCGUUUUACGUCAUCAAACGUAUGUUGACGAUUGUGCUUUCGGCGCAGACGACCAAAUUCUUGCUCGUCAGACCCGCGAUCACUUAAUAGCAUUAUUAAAGAAAGGAGGCUUUUGCCUUCGAAAAUGGGCAAGCAAUGCCACCUCGUUAUUGUCCGAUCUCGAUCCCGCGGAUUAUGGAUUAGCUACGCACAAGGUGCUUCAAGACGACGAGCAUCUCAAGAUUUUAGGCAUAUUUUGGAAUCCGAAGCUAAAUAUUUUUCAAUUCCGCGUAACCGUACCGAACAUACCCGGAUGCACCAAACGAGCCAUUUUGUCGACCAUCGCCAAGUUUUUCGAUCCCUUAGGAUGGGCUACUCCUGUCAGUAUUACCGCAAAGAUUUCUUUGCAACGAUUGUGGUCACUCCAAUGUCAGUGGGAUGAUAAAAUUCCCAGCCAACUUCUUGAUUACUGGUCGGAUUACCAUCAACGACUUCCAUGUCUCAACGCCAUUAGCAUUCCGCGCUGGACAACUUACGGCUCUCAUACUCUACAUUGUGCCCUUCAUGGGUUUUCCGACGCCUCAACUGCAGCUUUCGCAGCGACAGUAUACCUGCGCAUCGUCAACGUAGACGGCUCCAUCACCGUCUCUCUUCUCGCCGACAAAUCAAAGGUGGCUCCUCUUAAAACGAUAAUCCCACGAUUGGAGUUAUCCGCUGCGUGGCUUCUCGCGCGCUUGAUGCAUUUCGCACGAGCAGCGCUCCAACUCCCGAAUCUCGAGUGCCACUGCUGGACGGAAUCCACCAUUACCCUCGCCUGA